GGCGUAGGAAGCAAACUAGCAGAUGCCUUUCAUGUAGUCUUUAAGUCAACUUAGAAACGAAAUUCUUUCUAACUAGCUAAUCAUGUCCAACCUCAAAGGCGGCACCAAGAAGGACACCAAGAUGAGGAUACGAGCCUUCCCUAUGACAAUGGAUGAGAAGUAUGUAAACAACAUCUGGGACCUUCUGAAGAAUGCCAUCCAGGAGAUUCAGAGGAAGAACAACAGUGGACUUAGCUUCGAGGAGCUGUACAGAAACGCCUACACAAUGGUGCUUCACAAGCAUGGAGAGAAACUUUACACAGGCCUUAGGGAGGUCGUCACUGAGCAUCUCAUCAACAAAGUGCGAGAAGAUGUUCUCAACUCCCUAAAUAAUAACUUUCUGCAAACACUAAAUCAAGCUUGGAAUGACCAUCAAACUGCCAUGGUUAUGAUCCGAGACAUUCUCAUGUACAUGGACCGAGUCUAUGUUCAGCAAAACAAUGUGGAGAAUGUGUACAACCUUGGGCUCAUCAUAUUCAGGGACCAGGUUGUUCGCUACGGCUGCAUUAGAGACCAUCUACGACAGACGCUACUAGACAUGAUUGCUCGUGAGAGGAAGGGAGAGGUUGUAGACAGGGGGGCCAUAAGAAAUGCCUGCCAAAUGCUAAUGAUUCUUGGACUGGACAGCAGAUCUGUAUAUGAGGAGGACUUUGAGGGCCCGUUCUUAGAUAUGUCAGCUGAAUUCUUCCAGAUGGAAAGCCAAAAGUUUCUAGCAGAAAACAGUGCCAGCGUCUACAUAAAGAAGGUAGAAGCCAGAAUCAAUGAAGAGAUUGAGAGAGUUAUGCACUGCUUAGACAAGACCACGGAGGAGCCCAUUGUUAAGGUGGUGGAAAGGGAGCUCAUUUCUAAACACAUGAAGACCAUUGUGGAGAUGGAGAACUCGGGCCUGGUUCAUAUGCUCAAGAAUGGCAAGACGGAAGAUCUGGCUUGCAUGUACAAGCUGUUCAGUCGUGUGCCAAAUGGCCUCAAAACAAUGUGCGAGUGUAUGAGUGCUUACUUAAGGGAGCAAGGAAAAGCUCUAGUUUCAGAAGAAGGAGAGGGCAAGAACCCUGUCGAUUAUAUCCAGGGACUGUUGGACCUGAAAACACGAUUUGAUCGCUUCCUUCUUGAGUCCUUCAACAAUGACAGAUUAUUCAAACAAACCAUAGCUGGAGACUUUGAGUAUUUCCUCAACUUAAACUCCCGCUCACCUGAAUAUCUGUCACUCUUUAUUGAUGACAAGCUCAAAAAGGGUGUGAAAGGGUUGACAGAACAGGAAGUUGAGUCAAUCCUUGACAAAGCCAUGGUGUUGUUCAGGUUCAUGCAAGAGAAGGAUGUGUUUGAACGGUACUACAAGCAGCAUCUGGGUCGCAGGCUGCUCAGCAACAAGAGUGUUUCAGAUGACUCUGAGAAGAAUAUGAUCUCUAAACUUAAGACAGAGUGUGGCUGCCAGUUCACCUCAAAACUGGAAGGGAUGUUCAGAGACAUGAGCAUCUCCAACACUACUAUGGAUGAAUUCAGGCAACACAUACAAACCACAUCGGCAUCUUUAAGUGGUGUUGACCUCACAGUAAGAGUCCUUACUACCGGCUACUGGCCUACGCAGUCGGCAACCCCCAAAUGUACUAUCCCACCUGCUCCUAGACAUGCCUUUGAAGUCUUUAGAAGGUUUUACCUCGCUAAGCACAGUGGUAGACAGCUCACUCUGCAGCACCACAUGGGUGGGGCAGACCUAAAUGCAACUUUCUAUGGAGCCAUUAAAAAGCAUCUGCAGGAGGAUGGUUCGGAAGUGGGCGUGGGGGGUGCCCAGGUGACGGGUUCCAACACCCGGAAGCACAUACUGCAGGUCUCUACCUUUCAGAUGACCAUCCUCAUGCUCUUCAACAACAGAGAAAAGUGCACUUUUGAGGAAAUCCAGCAGGAGACAGAUAUUCCUGAGCGUGAGUUAGUGAGAGCACUGCAGUCCUUGGCCUGUGGGAAGCCCACACAGAGGGUUCUCACCAAGGAGCCAAAGUCCAAGGAGAUCGAGAAUGGACAUGUGUUUACGGUCAAUGAUCAAUUUACUUCCAAACUGCACAGAGUCAAAAUUCAGACAGUUGCUGCUAAGCAAGGAGAGUCAGACCCUGAAAGGAAAGAGACACGGCAGAAAGUGGAUGAUGACAGGAAGCAUGAGAUUGAGGCAGCCAUUGUUCGAAUCAUGAAGUCAAGGAAGAAGAUGCAGCACAAUGUCCUGGUGGCAGAGGUGACUCAGCAGCUCCGGGCACGUUUUCUUCCCAGUCCUGUGGUGAUCAAAAAGCGCAUUGAAGGACUAAUAGAAAGAGAAUACUUGGCGAGGACGCCUGAAGAUCGCAAAGUGUACACCUAUGUUGCAUAGAAGCCAGAACUGCAGAGACUGGACGAGGCAAGGGAGUGGGAUUUGUUUGUUUUAUUUGGACUGGUGUUACGCAUGGACUGGAAGUUUCUUUUAAAGACAAAUUCUGGGAACCUGAUUGGCUGACCCUCACAAAAACACACUAGCCACACAGAAAUGGGAAGUAAAAUUUCGACACAAAAAAAAUCCAUCAGAGUUUGAAAUAAGGCCCAGUCUUCCUAAACCCUGAGUUUUAACAUGGAUGGAUCCAGCUUCAAGCUUUUCACUGUUUUAUCCUUGUAGAGAUCAAACUUGCAAUGAAUCCCUUGGAAAAAUGUGAAUGCACCACAUUAUUUUUUUUUUGUUUCAAUACUGUAAAAACAAUAAUAAAAUUAUGAAUGGUCAAAGUGGAUUGCUAAAGAACGAUGCUCUUUAGAUUCUUUGCUCAUGUCCCACGUUCGUGGUUUUCUUCCAUCAUUGUUGUCUGCCCUGUUUGCACAAUGAAAAAUAAUUAAAUAACAAACCAUGUUUUCAAGUUCAA